AUGGACGAUGAGCUGCCGCCGAUGCCAAAUUUGGCCGAUCUGCUGGGACUCUCGGCCUCCGCGCCGGUCGUGAUCAACGUCGGACGAGGCAGAAGCCCCCAAGUGAACGUGUCUAACGGAAAAGCUAAAGCGCGGCCGCAUUUCGUCGAUAUUGCCGUUGGCCGUCCAAAGAAGCGCUUGCGCGACAGUUCAUCGGAACCGGAUGAGGAUAAUACGGCACGGCUUGAUGACGGCGAUGAUCCUGACUGGGACGAUGACGAUGAGUCGCCGAAACCGCGCGUUGCAAGAAAGGUCAUCAAACGGGUGCCCGGCCCAUACCGCUUGAAGCAACCGACUCGCUUCGAUCUGGAGGCUUCAACCACAACGCGCACGCUCGCCAAGUCUCUCAAGUCGCGCGAGCUGACAUUGAGGGAAAUAGUGAAGCUCCUUCAAGUUCCGGCGGAAAACGAAUUUUUGACGACCGCCAAGGAGCUGCGAGUCCGUAUUCCUUGGCCUGACGAUCGGCCUCUUCCACAUCCGUCGAGCCGUGCAGUUUUGCAAGGGAUCGAAAAACUCGACGCUUACCAGAAAACGUCCGGCGGCUUCCAGCGCUAUUUCCGGGCGUUGAGCCAAUCUACUUUGAGUUACAUGAUAACUUAUAUUCAACGCUACUGGACGCUCGACAGCUCCGGCUGGGAGUCAAAGGCUUCACUUACUGCACGGCUUUGCUGGAAUUUGCUCUCGAACGACGUGCGGUUGCAGUGGGAACGUUUGGAAAGACGUGAAGCCAUCGAAGCCAAGCGCGCUAAAAUCUUAGUAUCAUACAAAAAUGACGAUGGUACGAUGGAGCAUUCUGGACGUCGAGAACCGGUGAUAAUGCCACUUUCGGAAAGGCCCUUUAUCAAAGGCGGAAUUUCCAACCUCCUGCCGGACCAGGUCGCGUUCAAGUGCGGCACUUGUAGCCAUGACCCCGAGCCCAUGUUUACAUUUACAAAUGUCGUGCUUCACUAUAUGACAUAUCACUCGACGGCUCAAGUCUGUGCAUGCCACUUCUGCGGCCACGUCUUCCAGUCGCGCACCCACCUGAGCUCUCAUGAUUGUGCGCAAUUCCAGAAUUUUGUCCUCAGCAAUUUUAUGGAAGGCAUCUCCACGUUGCUGAUGAAGUUUUGCAUGGUUUUCCUGGCGUGCGCCGAUUGUGGCCUGUGUCUGCCAUUGCGCGUCGAUUUCGAUACGUCGGGCAUUAUCUCGGAUUACGAGCCUCAGUGGCGGCACUUUAUUAAUGUCAUGUCCAAGCAUAACUGCGGAGCCAUGGUGCCGCUUGUCAUUCACUUCCCAGGAAAACCCGAUGAUUCGCUUACCGAGCUGACAUUGUCCGUGGUUCCAAGGAUGCUGCUGGAUGAAGUGAUGGUUGGCUGUGAUUCUUGUGGCAUCGACGUCUUUUCUGACCCGGCAGCCAGUGAAGACCAUUUCAGACGCUUCCAUCCCGAAAACCAAUACACCUGCGGAGUUUGUGAAACUACGUUCGGAACAAAGGCUUUUUACAAGGAACAUUGCCUCAGCCAUUACCCUAAAAGCAUCAUCCUUGCCGACUACUUGGCGCACCAAUGUCGUCUCCUUCCGCCAACUUACAGUUCACAGCCCGCGGGAGAGAAAGAAAUUCCGUAUGGCGGCUUCCCUAAGGUGAUUGGCGGUGCGAAGAUGCCCCUGGCGGGUCCUUUCGAAAGUACCACCCAUCGGAAGCUCUUGCUCGAAGAAUCGCUGAGACGAGGCGGCGCUAAAUUGAAUGAAGAUGAGGUCGACAGCGACCCUGUGUACUCUCCCGACAGCACGAGCAGCUCCGAGAGCGCCUCCGACUCUGACGGAGAGGGCUUCAACAGGGCACCCCGGAAAAAAGCGAAAACCCAGAAGGCCAAGAAAUUUUCUACAACCGAGUGCUAUUCGCAUAUCCAGCGCAAGCCGAUCCGCGAAGUGUUGAAAUCGCAGGAAAGAUGGGUUGGGCAACUGAAGGAUGCUGAAAUUAAAGCCGCGCUGAAGGAACCCGGCGCCUUCCUCGCUGGGGCCUCUAUCGUCACCGAACAAUGCAGCCAAGGCACCCUCCAAUUCUCCAAGCCCGGCCCGUUUGAAGUACACGGCUAUGCGUCAUCGUACUUGAACCAUUUCAAACGCGUCUUCACCCUACCCAUCACUGGCAAUUUCUCCGAAAGCGAUACAUCAAUGUUAUUCGAGGGCAUCGUCCAUGAAGAAAAGCUCUUCUCUUGCCAAUGCGGAAUGAUUUGCCUCGAAUCCGAGACGAAACAGCAUGUAUUCCACUACCACAAGAGUCGACCCGACGAGAAAUUCGACGCCGCUAUGUGUGACAAGAUGGCCUGCAUCCAUGCCCCAUAUUUCCCAAUGGAUUCGAAAUACCAUUGUGUCCAGGCCGAUUGUGUCGAGUCGUUUUGCGGAAUCACUGGUUUACGCAAGCAUCUCCUGGAGAAGCACUUGCUCUGCCAGCCUUUCACUCAAACCGGUGGAAUUUCAGUUCGCAACAAACGUGCCUUCUCGCUGCCCUACAAGACGGCCGUCGAAAAGCGCAUCGAUCAGGCUUUCGGCAUGGACGCGGCUGGGCUGAUUCCGAGGCGAAUUGCAGGCGCUGUGCCGAUGACCCCGACAUCACACCCAGUAUAUUCCCCGCGACAGACGGUCCUUCCUUCCCGCACCACCCCAGCCCUGCAUAGCCUCCGCCAAGGCAACACAGCACCCGUAAUCCGACAGCCGUACGACGGCCACGGUGAACUGACUCCAUUCCAAAUGAUCGGCUCCGACGGUAAGAACAACGUAUUCAUCUGCAACAUCUGUCAAGUCAACUGCUCCACAGGGCCCGUCAGCCAUUUUCAACAGUUCCACUCUCAUCUUUGCGGCUGUGCCGAAGUGUAUCAGAACGAGCAGGCGUUGACCCAGCAUCGCAUCACUUGUAGCAGUGUUCAAGCACUGGGCAAAUUCACACGUGCCAAGUGCCCGUUGUGCAGCUACAUCGAUGGGAUCAAAAUGAUACUGCGACACGUUCUGAUGGCCCACUUCAACAGUGUCACGUUCAAUCGGCAUACGGGACGGAUGAGCCCGCGGAUCCACCACGUAUUCCAAGCCAUCGCCCCAAAAUUACCCGAAGCAAACAACCACAAAGCUUCGCCCCAAUCACUUCCCGUUAAAGUCAUCGAAAUCGAUGGCGAGGAACCUCUCGUGGUCGAGCGACCAACUUUUAUACCACAGGGUAAUGCCCCCCAUGACCUUGCAUGUUUCCUUUGCGAGCGCUUGUUUGACAACAUCGAACAGCUGGAGUGGCAUUAUCAGAAUCACCCGGAAACAUGGAGCAACUGCCCGAUGUGCUUUGUGACGGGCGAAAUUGUGACGAUUGGCUCGCUUCUGGACAUGAAGCAGCAUAUCGAAGAGCGACACGUCAAGCGCAGCUUUGAUGGCCGACCGACCUGCGCGCAUUGCCAAAAGACGCUCGGAAGCCGCCUCUAUUCUCAUGUGAUCUACGAAUGCACGAAGGCUCCCGCCUGCAUGUUCUGCUCUCUGGAAGCCAGCGAACUGCCGCAUGGAAUACAAAAACAUCGCAAUGUCCAGCACGGCAAGGACGGCGACAUGCUAAUGUCGAAGUACGAGUGCGACCACUGCCACAUGCAAUCCUACUCCUACACCUAUCUAAUGGAGCACAAAUGUCUCCCCUACUACCUGCCGCAUCGUUGCUCGUGUAUGACUGAAGAGGUCUUCCUCGGACGCACCGAAUUCGACGCGCAUUUCGUGCAUCACUACACGAACCUCGCGGAGGGAUACCACUGCAAUUUAUGCCAGCAAGUCAUUCCGAGGGAUAAGUAUAUGAGUCAUCGUGGUACGCACUCGCUCGUCAACACUUUCACGAAGGGCAGGAAGAUUAUCAUCAAAGACCCUAAACUUCUCUCGGCCGAGGAGAAUCCUCCGGUGCUGAAGGAGAAACCAGAUGAGGUGGUGAUCCGCGAAACGCUGGAUGCCCUGGUGAAGCAAGUGACCGCUUCUGACGACAAUGAAGAUACGGUCGACCUUGUUGAUAGUGACGAUGAUGACUGUGUUAUGAUCGAUUCGACAAAUCAACGAGCGACGCCCGAAACGGAGGAGGAAAAUCCGAAUGCUGCUGCGCUGCGGGUGCCGCGUGUUGAAGCCGCUGACAACUAUGGUGGUGGAGGGCAGUCGAGCGGAAUAUUCGACGAUGACGACGAUGAUGAUGCAAUUAUGGACUGCUCACAGGAAAACGGCCCGACGGUCCAACCGGUCAUUGAUGAUGACGGAGACGACGAGUUGUCUGUCGUCGCAGAAGUCACACAUCCUUCUGGCACUUUACCAUCCGUCAUUGCCGCCGGAACGUCGAGGAGCAAAAAGAAGUGCCCGCGAUGCUCGGAAAUGUUCAUCACCAACGUCGCGUUGAAGAAGCAUCUGGAGACGUCGCAUCGUCUGGAUGCCGGCGGUGUUAUUGAAGAGGACUUUGGCAUCCCAGUCGAGAAGCUUCUCAACCUCUGCCGGAUCUGUUGUCACGCCUUCGAGACCCAGGAACAAUACCAGCGCCACCAGGCCGCGCACGGGCCCCAAAAGCACAAUUGCGUCGACUGUUCGGCGGUGGCCUAUAACGCCCAACUGCUCACUCUGCACCGACGUGCCCACGAUGAUCGCCACCUGACGUUCGCGUGCGCCGAAUGCCAUAUUGCGUACAGAACGGAUUCUCAACUCUAUGGUCACCUGGAAGAGCGUCACAAAGUCCGUCUCGUCUAUUUCUGCAAAAACUGCGAGCUCGGUUCGACAAAUGGCCCCGCGAUUAGCGAGCACAUCCGGAAGCGCAUCUGCUCCUCCACUCGCGCCGCCCACAUCAAUGAAACGCCUGAAAGCCAACUUGGCGUUGCGCCGGCUGCCAUUCUCAACUACAUCCCACAGAACGUUGCUCAGCACAAGCGAGCUCUCGCCGCCAAUCCGGCCAUGGCCGUCGUUCCCUCGCCUUGCAGCCAUCGCUCCUUCAUCGCGGCCACGAACGCGGCAGUCGCCUGCCGUAGUUGUCACUGUUUGACCAACAUCUAUUCGUACGUCGCUUCCGAGGAGGCUGCUGGUCGUAGCGCGCGGACUGACUAUCUUAUCCAAAGCCACGCGGCGCCCACGCCACAAAGGGACAUCCUCAACCUGUUGCGCCAACCGCCGAUUCGCAUGAAUGCUGCCCGUUUCCUCAACAGCCGAAAUCAGGCCUACCCGAUCGUCAGUGCCAAUACCAUUACGACCAAAGUUGGCCGACCGAUGUCCUACGUACGCCCGAUGCCGACAACGCAACCAUUGCCCGGCUACGUGCCUCCGCCGCCGCAACCGAAGCGGCUAAGCCAAGCGAACAACGGGCAAUCAGCUACUGUGCAAAUCGUGGAACGCCCGCUGAAUCUAACCGCCCUGGCCGGAGCUAUGGGUGUCGAUGUUGCCUCUGCUGUCCCCACUGGACGACACCGAGUCAAUCUCCCCAAAAGUGGCCCGUCAGUCGUCGAGGGCUUGAUUGCUGCGGAACCUCCGGCGGCUCCGGCUCAACCAACGCCCAGCAGCAGCGCCGGCAAGUAUUCCGCCAAGAUCCUCAAGGACCGCGUGGGCGGCGAAUGCGGAUUCUGCGGAAAGCACUUGCGCAACGAGGGAAUUCUCCGGCUACAUGCUCUCCACACCAAUGGCCAUAAUGCCUUCUGUCUGCUGUGUCAUCGCAGUUUCCCGGAUGAGCAAACGGCUGUCGUGCACAUCUUCAAACACCAUGAUAAGCAACUUGGAAUUGAGGGAAAAGAAAAGCCUGUCGAAUUCUCGUUGAGAUGCCCAUUCCACGGCUGUGAUUUCCACAGCACAUCCAUGUCAGCGCUCAAUGAACUGCGCCGCCAUCUCAACAAGCACACGCUCACCCACACCACCGAUUAUUGCAACCAGAAGUUCGCCACCGCCGAAAGCCGCAAGCGCCACGACCUCGAGCACACCAAGAUGGAAGAACUCGGCCUCGAGACGAAUUGCUGUCUGCUUUGUGGCACGACAAAUAUGUGGACGUCCCGCCUCGCCGGCUUCACCACCCCAAUUUCCCACACGAUGGUCCAUGGCUUUUACCGCUAUGUGAUGUGCCGUGACUGCAACGUGUGCUUCAAGCGGGAUGCUGACAACUCCCGCUUCACCCGUCAUUUCCAAGACAAGCAUGUGACCGAAAUGGAAGGGAAACCGAGAUGUGCCCUCUGCCAUACCUCGUUCGCGACGAUGGCCGAGGCGCUGGAGCAUGGUCGCCAAAAGCACUUUGUGAUCGGCAUCAAGUCUCGUGAGGGUGCAGGCGCUGAUGGCUCCGGAAUAACCGUCACUUCCGGUCCCCAGAUGCGCGCCAGCCUCGGCAUCGAGCCCAUGUACUCCGAAAGUGACCCCAAGGAUUUCGAC